AUGGAAGAGGUCGAGGCCAUAGUAAGCUAUCCUCCUACCAGUGGACCAGACUGGCGUCUCGAAAGGAUCAAAUUCUCUCGUCCGUUGCAAUCUCACGAGCUCAGAGUUCGGAUGGUGGCCACUGGGAUCUGUCACACGGACAUUGCAUUAUCAUCUCUCCCGCCCGGGAUGAUGGGGGUCGAGUAUCCGAAAAUCCUCGGCCACGAAGGCGCCGGGUUCGUGGAGGAGGUCGGCUCUGACGUGAAGGCAGCCAGACCCGGGGAUCCUGUCCUCCUAUCCUUCAACUACUGCGGUGACUGCGAACUGUGCAAAGAACAAAGGCAGCCGUACUGCUUGAGCUUUGACCGGCUCAAUCGAAUCGGGGACAACAGUGUGUACCAAUCGUCGACCGGCGAGGCGAUUUACGGCAAAUUCUUCGGACAGUCGAGCUUCGCCGCCGCGGCUGUGGUUCAGGAAGCCUCUGUCGUGAAUGUGAGAGGACUGGUGUCGAACAGAGACGACCUUAAGCUGUUGGCACCUCUCGGAUGUGGGCUCAUGACGGGUGCGGGAGCCGUGUUGAACUCGGCCGCACCCACACAACAUGACAUAGUCCUGGUCACCGGGCUCGGGGCAGUCGGCAUGGGUGCGAUCAUGGCAGCGAAGGUGCUCGGCUGCCGGGAAAUCAUCGCUGUCGACAUCGUGGCCGAACGUUUGGAAGUCGCCAAGGACCUUGGAGCGACACAAGUUGUCGAGAGCACUGGCUCUCCCUCUCAAAUGGUCGAAGCCGUGCGUCGAAGCGUGCAGGAUCGAAGAAUCAGCUACGUGGUAGAAACAACUGGCAUGUCAUCGGUCAUUGGAUGGGCCUUGCAGGCACUGGGACGUCCUGGAAAGCUCAUUCUCGUUGGACUCCCCCGGCCGGGCACAGAACUUGGACUUCAGCUCUCAGACUUUUUCGAUAUGCGAACGACCAUUGAAACCCACUUGUUGGGUCACAGCACCAGUCAAUCACUGAUUCCGACCCUGUUGCAAUGGUGGAAAGACGGCAAAUUUCCCGUGCAGAGGAUCGUGCGCUUCUUUCCGGCAAGUGGCGUGACGGAGGCAAUCCAAGAAACCAAAAGGGGCAAUGUCAUCAAGGCUGUCGUUGUUUGGUAG